AUGAUCCUCUCAAGGGUCAGAGAACGCUGGCCACGGUUGCCUGAUGGUACUCGCAUCAGCGGCCCAGAGUUGUUCGAACUCAUCCGAGACGACAGCCCCCUCCCUCCUCUCUGGGAUCUGAAGGCAGUUAUUGAAGAAAUCGAAGAGAACUUUGGAGUAGAUGUUCACGAUAUCCCCAUCUUUCAGUAUGGAGUCAGUAAUCAGGUCAUUUGGUGUGACUUGUCGAAUGGCGAACGGAUCCUCGCUCGUCUCGGACACAGCGAUAUUAACAAACCUGAUCGCGACAGUUACCCCAGACAUAUUGAGCUGUCAGACGCCAAUUAUGAAGCGGCGUUGUAUGAGAUCCUGCUUCCUGAGUCCGCUGAGAUCAAAAUCGCACCUCUGCUAUACAACCGUGUCCCUCAGGUUGUCUCUGGUCCCCCAACCCAGGAUCCCACUGAUAUCCUGGGUCGUCGUUUCUGUGUGUUUGAAGCGCCGGAGGGGUUUCCAAAUGCAUGGCAUGAACUUGACGCCGACGACAAGAUCCUCUUCGUAAAGCAAGCCGCUCACCUGCGUGCUGCACUCUUCAACUUCAGCCCCCCUCACGGCUUCGUCUCCAGAUUCCUAGCGGAGCGCAUACCCAGCUCUUUCAGACCCAUCCAUCUAUCUGCCCCCGUAACCCCGACUCGCGAGUUCUGCAUUGCUCUACUCAAGGCCAAAAUCGAAGCCACAAUCAUGAACCUGGGAGACAUCAUCGGCUGGCCCUCCGACAACAACGUCGUUGGGCCCUUCGCCACCGCCGCAAAGCAAUCUCUCCUUCGGCUUGUGCCUUACCUAUUACCCCCCGAGACUAACGACGGCAUCUUUUACCGCUUCGUGAUUGAUCAUGGCGAUUUCGGGAUCUGGAACUUUACGUCCACGGUUGAUGAUGAGGAUGAGGAUGACGACAAACCGGUUAUCACGUCCAUGUUUGGCUGGGACAUGAGCGCAGUUGUGCCCGCCAUCUUUUCGGAUUUGAAACUUGGUCUGGAAUGUGAUCUUAUCGCCGACGACGACGGCAACCCCGUGAUCUCUCGCGUGCCUCGUAACGCACCUGCCUCGAAGCGUGCUGAGUACAAUGUGUGGUCUCAUGAGUACAUCACGGCCCCGGACUACGAGACCAUCAUCCAACAAGCCCACGACGCACGCUACCUCUGGUUCGCUCUUCGCAACUGGCUCGGCACUUAUCCAGAGAUCUUUUUCGGGGAGUUGGGUAUUUGGGCUGAGAAGAAGUUGAAGCAUUUCACUGGUUCGGGUUCGCGGGUUGAUGGUACUAUCAGUCCUUUUGAUAGCCCAUGA